CGUGUUUUCGCUGCAGAAGAAGAAUCGCGGAAGAGGAGGAAAGCUUCCUGACGGCUCUUCGGGCUAACAGCUAACGAAGGAAACGACCCGUUAACCAGCACUUUAAUCAGGCUCACCGGUUAGACCCUGACCCGGAGCGAAGGAUCAAGAUGACAGCCGCACCUUACAACUACUCCUACAUCUUCAAAUACAUCAUCAUCGGUGACAUGGGAGUCGGGAAGUCUUGUCUGUUGCACCAGUUCACAGAGAAAAAAUUCAUGGCGGACUGUCCUCACACCAUUGGCGUGGAGUUCGGGACGAGGAUCAUGGAGGUCCACGGUCAAAAGGUGAAGCUACAGAUUUGGGACACGGCCGGUCAGGAGCGCUUCAGGGCCGUCACCAGGUCCUAUUACAGAGGGGCCGCCGGGGCCCUCAUGGUGUACGAUAUCACCAGGAGAAGUACCUAUAAUCACCUGAGCAGCUGGUUGACAGAUGCCAGGAACCUCACCAACCCAAACACAGUGAUCAUUCUGAUUGGUAAUAAGGCCGACCUGGAGGCUCAGAGGGACGUGACGUAUGAGGAGGCCAAACAGUUUGCAGAAGAGAAUGGUUUGCUGUUUCUAGAGGCGAGCGCCAAAACAGGCGAGAAUGUGGAAGAGGCCUUCCUGGAAGCUGCGAAGAGGAUUUACCAGAACAUCCAAGAUGGCAGUCUGGAUCUAAACGCUGCCGAGUCGGGAGUCCAGCACAAACCCUCUGCGCCGCAGGGAGGCCGCCUCAACGCCGACAGUCAGCCGGCCAAAGAAGGCUGCAGCUGCUAACCACAGACAGAAACUACAGACCCGACAAACAGACGGUUGGACGGACGGACAGAGGCAGACAGAUACGUACAUAGAGAUCCACCAGGCACGAUCAUGCGCCUUCUAUCCAGAGAGCGACAAACAGGAUUUAACUGGAUUACACAUCCAAACACCUGUUGCUGAAUCAGUCCUCAGUCCAGUACCCAAAACAAGAUCCAAACAUCCUUCGCCCAUUCAAUUUAUCAGGUUUUGUUAAAUCAGGACUCCCUAAACCAAAUCCAGAGACUAUCCUCUAGUCUGUGUGCCACUUCUGGAUCAAAUUUGGAUUAGUGUUGUACAACUCCCAGAUCUGGACCACCCCUAGACCUUACCUGGAUCACUUCCUGCACAAAAUGAAGCAUUAAUUCCAACCACUCUAACUCUCAUUUCAGCUUGGUCACUCUGCCCAACACCAGACGACCCUUAAACCCAAACUGGACUACCCCCCGGACCAUCCAAGUCUGGUGCACUGUUUGCCCAACUCGAGUGAUGUUUGUCCAAAUUUACCCUGGUCGCACUUGUGAAUGACUGAUAAUCCAAGAGACAAAAAAAGAUACAAGGCAAACAUUUUAAUUGACCUAUAGUCCAGAACUGGACUACAUUUCACCAAAAGGGGUUGCCUUAGUUCUAAAUCUGGAAGUUAUAAUGGACAGGUUUGAGAUGAGCUCCUGGUUCACGUUGGGACUGCCUUCAGCUCACAUCCAGGCAUGCUUGACCCAAAGGUAGACCAAGCAGGACUGUUCUAAACCCCAAUAGGACAGCUCUAAGACCAUCACCAGCCAACCUUUUCCCUGAACAACCUCUAGACCCAGUCUCCUCCAAAUCUGGAGCCUGUUGUUUGGAAGCAAUCAGGAGUAGCUCCUCAAAUUUGGAAUGGCCUUGUCCCAAAAGCUUAAUACUAAUGUCCCAAGAGACAAAAACACAAGUUUUAAAUUCAUAUCAACCUCCAGCCCCAAACUGGACUAUGUCUCUCUAAUAGAGGUUGCCGUCGUUCUAAAUCUGGACAUUGCAUUCAGUGGACAAAUCCAGAAUUUUGGCGUAACGGGCUUUUGGUUCCAAGUGGAGACUGCCUUCAGCUCACAUCCAGACAUGCUUGACACAAAGGUAGGCAAAGCAGGACUGUUCGAAAUCCAGAAUGGGAAAGCUUCAAGCCCAUCACCAUUCAUCCUUUUCAUGGAUUACUCUGGAGUCUGGAGCCUUUUGUCCGGACUCAUCGUGGGUAGUCCCUCUAAUUUUGGCUUCACAUGUCCAAAAUGCUAAGCACCCAUGUCCCAAGAGACAAAUAAAGAUACAAGACUCAUAUUUCAACCUACAACCUAAAUCUGAUGUUCUACAAAGAUGCUGAUCACCUUAGUUCCAGUUUGUCUCAGCUAUGGUCACAACCAGAGCCUUGGCUCAAACAGGACUGCCCUCGAGACCACUUUACACUCACAGCCCGACGGCAGGUCAAGCCAGACUACUCUAAGCCAAGAAUAAGACACCUCAUUACCAAAAAAACAUUUUGCCAACACUGGACCUGACUGAAGUAAGGGGAGAUGGCAGAUGAGACACAUAUAGACCCAAUGCCUGAAUUUGGACAAUUCCAACUCUGGACAUUCCUAUGGACAGAUCAAGAGCUUCGGCUCAAGCUGGACAGCUCACUGGUCCGAAUCAAAGACCACCUUCAGCCCAAGUCUUCAAAUCUAAACCUUAAUUUCGCUUUUAUCUAAUCUGUCAAUUGUCCGAAUCGUUUUGCUCUGCCGUUUACUCUUUGAUACGAUCUCUGCACUUACAGGUGGGUCUUACUCGUAUCUGUCCUCCCAUAAUUUGGAAAAGUCUUAAAAAUUCAUGCUUCAGACCCAUUAAUUCUAACACAGAGUGCCUGGACGUCUGGACUCGCCUCUGGGAUUCUUUUUCUUUCCUCUGCUUGAGUUCAAAACCCCUCGUCAUACUUAUUCCUCUUGUUUCCAAACAAAAGUCAAACAAGAAAUCAGCUCCGACCUGUUGCAUUUACAC